CAAAUUCUUAUAAAUGUCUCCUCUUGACUUAAUUAUCGUUCUCACCUCAUACCAUAUAUUCCACUCCAAAUUUGGUUUUUUUUUUUUUUUAUAUUUGCCUAUUAACUACAUUGGGACCCAAAAACAUUAUUAUUUAAGGAAUACAAACACAAUUCACAAUCAUAAUAAUAAACAUAUCAAAUAUCAAAAUACCAUAUAUGAUGAUGAAACAAACCUUCUUCAUCUCCCAUGGCUCACCCACUCUUUCCAUCGACGAAACUCUUCCAGCCAGGCACUUUCUACAGUCAUGGAAGGAAACCAUCUUCCCCACCAUACCUACCUCCAUUUUAGUCAUAUCAGCUCACUGGGAAACCUCUGUUCCCACCCUCAAUUUUCUCAACAACCGUCCUAAUGACACCAUCUAUGAUUUCUAUGGCUUCCCUCAAUCAAUGUACGAGCUCAAGUAUCCAGCUCCAGGGGCACCACAACUAGCCAAGAGAGUAAAAGACAUUCUUUUAUCAUCAGGCUCAACAAAACAAGUCAAUGAAGACACCAAACGAGGGUUAGACCACGGUGCUUGGGUUCCCCUAAUGCUGAUGUACCCCGAAGCCCAAAUCCCAGUGUGCCAGCUCUCGGUGCAGCCACACAAGGACGCGGCCUAUCACUACAACAUAGGCAAGGCAUUGGCUCCUCUCAAGGACGAGGGUGUUCUCAUCAUUGGCUCGGGAAGUGCCACUCACAACUUGAGACACCUUAAGCCUCAAGAUGGUGUGGUUCCUUGGGCGAUGGAGUUCGAUACAUGGCUUAAAGAGGCUUUACUUAAUGGAAGGUACGAGGAUGUGAUCAAGUAUGAGGAGAAGGCUCCUCAUGCUAAAGUGGCACAUCCUCGUCCUGAACAUUUUUACCCUUUGCAUGUGGCAAUGGGCGCGGCUGGUGUAGAUGCCAAAGCUAAGCUCAUACACCAUAGUUGGAGCCUUGGUUCACUCUCUUAUGCCUCUUACCAGUUCACUAGUGCUCCAACUUCAUAGUAAAUUUGUUGUGUGAAAAUGGAUUAUUGGUUUAUACAUAACAUGUAACAAAGGUUCUUAAAUAAUAAGGUCUCUCUCAACCAGGACCAAAAAUAUUGUAACUCUAUAUAGAAUGGUUAUCUUAUCUUAUCUUAUGGUGUUUUCUUCUAAAA